AUGCCCAACAAACCGAAAAGGACUUUUUCGCUUGGGCACUAUGUGAAAUCCAGGCAGCCACUGGGGAGCUUAGAGAGACGUGAGUCUCGUCUCAGUGAUGGGCCCACUCAGACAACACAAAUUUUGAAAAAGUUUGGCACUGAGGAGUUGAAGGAAGUACGCUCCCACACAGACUUGGCUCGAACCGCCAACGGGGUUCGUAUGCUCACGAAGAACAUAGCAAAAGCGACUAUUCAACUCCAUGUGAGGGCUAUCAUGAUUGUAACGAAAGCAAGAGACAACUCUCUUAUCUACUUGACAAGAGAGGUAGUUGAAUGGCUUCUCGCGAGACACGACGAUAUAACGGUGUAUGUGGAUGCUAACCUUAAGAAGCUGGCGAGGUUUGCAUCCGAGCUGAUUCUUAAGACAUAUCCUAAAGCACAGCACUUGUUGAAAUACUGGACUAAAGAUCUUGUAAAGAGGAAACCCGAGAGUUUCGAUCUUGUUAUAACUAUGGGUGGUGACGGCACGGUGUUGUACGUGCUGAACUUAUUCCAGCGUAUUGUGCCUCCAGUUAUGUCAUUUGCUUUGGGGUCUUUGGGUUUCUUGACCAACUUUAAGUUCGACCAGUAUCAGCAGAGAUUAACUUAUGUCCUUGAUACUGGCGUGCGUGCGUACAUGAGAAUGAGAUUCACUUGCCGAAUCCAUCGAAGUGACGGCUCACUCGUUUGCGAGCAACAGGUUCUCAACGAGCUAGUCGUCGAUAGAGGUCCUUCACCAUACGUGACGAACUUGGAAUUGUAUGGUGAUGGCUCCCUUCUUACAGUAGCGCAGGCUGAUGGGUUGAUUAUAGCAACCCCCACGGGGUCUACGGCAUACUCCCUCUCCGCUGGUGGCUCACUUGUUCACCCUGGUGUAAGUGCUAUUCUGGUGACUCCGAUAUGCCCACAUACACUUUCCUUCAGACCCAUUCUUUUGCCUGAUGGCAUGUUUCUUAAAUUGAAGGUUCCUUCAGAGAGCAGAGCAUCUGCGUGGGCUUCCUUCGACGGAAAGGUCAGAACGGAGCUCAACAAAGGUGACUAUGUUACUGUGCAAGCCAGCGCCUUUCCAUUUCCUACAGUGAGACUGUCAAAGACUGAAUAUUUCGAUUCAGUGAGCCGAAACUUGAAUUGGAACGUUCGUGAACCUCAAAGACCAUUCUCGCAGUUCCUCACCGGUAAGAAUAAGUCAGAGUUUGAGCAACAUCAACGUAGAGGUCAGGAAAAUGUGGAACACCGUCUUUCAGGCUUGAAAGUCAAUGAUUCUGAUGAAUUUGAUAUUGACUGGUCUGAUGAUGAGAAACAGAAGGACGAGAUGGAGGAGGAGCAACAACAACAAGAAUUGGCAAUCGACUUCAGGAAAGAAGCACGCCACAAUGAGGCUGUUAUUGGACAGCUUGAUGAAGAAAUGCUCGACUACAAUAUCGUGGAGCCCUUCGUUCCUCUGCCAGGGAACGAGAUCAGAACCCCCACAGGCCACACGUACGGAAUGGAUGACCGGGAAUGCUACGCUCAUCCCAACGCUACAAUUCUGCUUUAUGGAGAGAGCUCGGGGAACUCUGACGAUACAGACCAGUCUGAGCCCAACGAAAGGAACAAACAGUGGGGGUCAUGA